AUGGCUGAGCUAGAGAAGGGAGGAGUUUUGCGAAGUAAAGGGGGCACAGCGAUGAACGCCCAAAGCAGCCGAUCUCAUGCGAUCUUCACUAUAACUCUGGAGAAGUCGGAUAUUAGCGAUGAACAAAGCUGUUUCACAGCAAAACUGCACUUAGUUGAUCUCGCAGGGUCGGAGAGGUUGAAAAAGACACAAGCUGAAGGCACUCGAAUGAUGGAGGGUAUACGUAUCAAUGAGGGUCUUCUGGCGCUCGGCAAUGUAAUCUCUGCUUUGUCAGAACCGGGAGGGAAUCGGCAUAUACCUUACAGGGACUCGAAAAUAACUAGAUUAUUGCAAGAUUCACUCGGCGGUUAUUCUUACACACUUAUGAUUGCCUGUGUCUCACCGGCUGACUCAAAUGCAGAGGAAACAUUGAGCACACUCAGGUAUGCUGAUCGUGCAAAGAAAAUCAAAAAUAAGCCCAUUGUCAAUGUCGAUCCUGUUCAGCAAAGGAUGCAGGAGCUCAAAGAGAAGGUAGCUUCUCUAGAAAGAGAGCUGGCAGAAGUCCGCAUGGGGAUUGCACCUUGUUCCGGGGAUGGCAGUUUGAGUUCGAUUGAAGCUGCUGAGUUGAGGUCUGCACUAGCAGAAAAAGAACGUCAAAUGAACGAAGCUCAUGGAAAAACCGCUGAGGCUAUUUGUCAGUCUCCUCAAUCAACUCCAACAUGUGAGUCACAGAAGGAACGAUUCAAAACCGUCGUGAACCAAACAAUCGAAAUGAUAAGGAACAGUGGAGAAGUGGAACAACAUGACCUCGUCCAGCAAAUAUCAGAGAUUCUUACCGAACAAGUUUUGGAUGAAGAGGAGAAAGACCCAUCAAUAGCAAAGAUCCACCAUGCAGACACUGAUGAAGAAGGCGCUAUGGAUGAAACAUUCAGCAUAAAAUUUGUUGACCAGCAAGCUUCUUUGAACAAAGAGUUAGAAGAAGUAAUGCGCCAAAUAACAGAUAAGGAAGACAUUUUGAGAAAUACUGUGGAAAAUCAAAAGAACGUUGACGAGCUCUUGAAAAGACAUGAGCAAGAAAUGGGCGAGUUACAAAAACGCAUAGAUGCACUUUUAGCUGAAAAAUUGAAGUUAGAAGCAGACCUCAAGAAGUUCUCUGUAAACAAUAGUCUAUGGUUGGCGGAAGAACGAAGGAAAAAAUUGCAAGAAAUGGAGAAACAAUUGGCACUGUUCCGCAAGCAGAUGAAUGAUAUGAAGCGAUUGGAGAAGCAGAGGCAACAAAGUGAGGAGAUGCAGAAACGAAUGCAAGCGGAAAUCGCGGAAUUAAAAAAGGCCAAAGUCCGGAUGGUCAAGCAACAAAAAGAAGAGGCUGAGAAAUACCGCCAGUGGAAGAUAAAACAUGACAGAGAGCUUCAUCAGUUGAAACAGAAGGAACGUAAGAGGGACAUAGAAGCUGCACGGGAAAAGCGUGUGCAUGAUCAGCAGAUGAUGGUCUAUAAGCAAAAGUUGGAAGAUGCCAGCCGAGUGAACAAACGGCUGCAAGCUCAAAUGGAGAAAGCUGCCGCAUUUUCUCGUGAGAAACCAGAAAGUGAAAAAGCGUUGAAGAACGCGAAACACUUCAUUGAAGCUGAACUUGCUCUCAUCGGUAGCUCUUACGAGGCGGAGCUGAUGUGCCAGUCGCUGAAAGAUCAAAGACGUCAGCUUGGUAAGAAGAGGGCUCGUUUGCAACGUGAAAAAGAUGCCUAUCAAACUGAACCGUUACCCAAGCGUCGUUCUACUGAACAAGGAGAAGCUUACCCCCCAGAAGUGGAAGAAGCUUUGAAAAAGAUUGAUGAAGAACUCAAAAAUAUAGAUCAGCAGCAGUUGCUUUGCAGCCAUGAACUGGACAAACUCCAACAUGGAUGUACUGCCAUCAAUAUCGAGAGCAGAGGCGAAACUAGAUGGAAAGAUUUGUACACCGUUGUUGCUGCUCGCCUUUACUUGAAAGUCCUAUUUGAUCAGGCUGCACAUGAGCGAAGAACAGUGAUCGACAACGAAAAGGAGAUUAAACAUCUGCAAAAAAGGAUGAAAGAAUUUGAAGCUGCUAUGCGUGAUAUGAAGAAGAAACAUGAAGACCAGCUCAAUGAAGUGAAAGAAAAGAAUAGAAGUUUACCGACGGAGUACGACAAACAGAAGACCGAAGCUGAAAUGCAUUCAACGUCUUCUUCUUCUUCUUCUUCUGCGAAACCGAAGCGUCUAAGCCGAUCGCGGUCUAGAUCGUGCAUCAGCCCAUCAGUAGUGAUAACGACGGAACUAGAGAAACGCACUCGUGCAAACCGCGCACGAAUUCAUCGGUUUGGGAAUGUGAUUCCAACUGAUGUAAUCGAUACUGAGGACUCGGAAGAAGAGGAGAGUGUUGCAGAUACCUCGUAUCAUCCGAAUUUUGAGCACCAUACUCAUCAUGGUGAAAAGAAGAAGACAAAGCUUAGUGUAGUUACCGAUCUAUUUCCUACACCGAACCUCACGCAUAUUCAACAUGAAAGCACUGGUGAAGGCGCGAUGUCUCCACGAAGUCGACGACAGUCUAGGCUUCUACAUCAUCCUCCUGCUCCCAUUUUUCAAAAAGAAAGAGAAAACAUAUGCAACGAAACAAUUUUGUUGGAUUCGGAUACUUCGAGCGCUACAGGCCAUCCGGGGGACCAGCAGUCCGCGGAGGCGGCUGGACCUGGCGGCUUUCGUUCCCCCACCCGCCAUCCGGAUGCAGGGGAUUGUGCUCCUGAUGAUCCGAAUCCGCUAAGAAAUGCGACUCUCUUGUCUGGCCUUGUUCCUCAUCUGGAUCCCGAUUGUGGCCCAUUGUAG